AUUUUCUCAAUCCUGAGUUUCCUAUUUUCCUAUUUUUUUGAGCAACCAUGCCGCUGGACACCCUAUGGAAUAGGGUGUGUAUGGGGAAUGCCUUCUCUGACCCCUUUAUCCUCUCUUGCUAGCACAGGUUAAAAGAUUCUGUUAAGAUUAUAAAGUAAGCCUGACUAGUUGUAUUUCUUUUAUAAUAUUAAAUGGCUGCUCAUGUAAGAUUCUUUAUUUAUCUGUCCAAAAUGGCAAAGCUUACAGAAAUUAUCCACACUGGAUGGCCGUCAGAGUGUGGUGUUUACCAUUUGUAAUUGAGUUUUGGGAUCUUUUGUUGCUAGAAUAAACAGUAGAAACCUGUAUAAGAAGCCAGGAAAUUUGUAAACUUAUUGAACUGGUUGCCUGAAUAGUGAAUUCUAACUAAUGAAUUUUUUCACAUGAAAAGCUUAGUGGCAUUCACCACUUUGUGUAUUAUGCGUUUAUCUUUAUUAGGUAUGAAUGAAUUUUUAAAUUGCACAAUCUAAGGAGUUCGAAAAAGUCUUGGAUACCAAGAUACUUUUGUACAUAGACAUCCCUUAAAUAUUCACAACUGAUUUUUUUUCAAUUGGGGGGGGGGGGAGGUUAAAAGAAAUGUAGACAAUACAACUGAUAAGAAACGUGUUGCAAUUGACUUGAAGGUAAAAUCCAAAAUCCAACAGUCUUAAUAAAAGAACUUUUCAAUUAAUAAAUUAAUAGAUUAUGCAAGCUAUAGAAGGGUUGUGAACAAAAAGUGUCUAAAAUGCAUCUUCGCUAAUAUAUAUUAAACAAAGACAGAUCAUUUUGAGAAAAUGGUGGGCAUUGAUCACACAGCACGUUCAAGAUUCUGUAAUGCCAGAUCAAGAUCUUCAUACUUCGGAUGAGGCAGUGGAUUACACAAGCUAUGGAAAAAAAGAUGUAGCAAGAUGAAUCUUUAACAAUAGAAGAGAAAUGAAUGAAUGAACGAACGAAGGAAUGAAUCACUUUUAUUUCUAUACGGUUUUUUCAAUCAGUUAGAAACGUAUUUACAUGAAAGGUGUAUGCAAAUACACACUGUAUGUACAAAGGAGAAGGCGCCAAAAAAAUUACGUCCACAAAUUUCUACCUAUUUACUUAGAAUUCGAAUUAAAAGAGGCAAUGAGGGCAAAAAUAAGGAUUAAGUGACAAUUUCACAGCCACCGAUAGUUUCCUUUAAAAACGCUCUGUGGGAGGAUAUUAAUCAAGCAAGCACGUGUUAGUGCAGUGAUCCCAUCUCGUGUACAUCAGAACCACUGCCAGUAAGGGUAUUGACACGCUGAUGUACGUCGUGUGGUAACUGAUGUUUUGAUGAAUUUGAAAUGGUACCUGGCCAUGAUGAUUCGAUUGUUUAUAGGUGUCCAGCACUCCACGCAGUCUACCUUUUCUUUAGCUCCACUAUGCUGGAAGUCAAUGUUCUUUCUGGAAAUGACAAUAAGCUGUCAAGUCUGUGUCCUUUCCCUUUCAAACCGCGUUCAAAAUCUGCAUCUUCUCGUCCUUAGCAGCUUCUGCCCCAAACUGGCCAGUAUUCCCUACACUGAAUAUAGUUUCAGUGCCAUAUUUUCAACUUCGUUUGGUGGUUAGCCAACGACUGCAGCCAUGUAUAAGCUACCUUUUUGGCUUCUGCCCAUUUCCAUCGUACUGCUGUCCUUUCACGUGAUGAAAUCAUCAUCAGGAACUUUCCAAAUCACUUAACUAAGGCCGGUAUGACUGGUUCACCGCCACAAGGUUAUAAGCCCAGGGUUAAGCACGAUUUGAUUACACCACUUGUACUUUUCUAUCAUUGAUUGUUUUGUUUGUUUGUUUGUUUGUUUGUAGCAUACCCUUCCAUCAUUCACUGUCCCAUCGCAUAAAGACGGUAUUGUUUACCCUCUUCCAAUUGUAGUCUAUAGAAUGUUUGAUUACACAGAUGUACCUGAGGUUAGUAAAAUAUGAUCUUUAGCAAUACUAAAUAAAAUACCAACUGUCGAAAAACUAUUGGACACUUGUAUUUUGUAAGGUCUAAAGUAAUUCCAACAUGGACAAUUUUAAUUGGACAAAUCUUGCUUUGACAUGAUUCUUGUCCUUAUUAGUAACUGUGUGAAGGUGAUGAAGACUGACUCUCUGCAAAUCUUGUUUGGUUGACUUCUGUUUUUGUUAAACACAAAGAAAAGCACGACCAUAUUCAUAAUGUUAAUGGUACUGAGUUUAGUCCAGUUCGAUCUGUAAUCAAACGAGUGAUGGACGAAAUCGGACGACAGCUUAGUUAGAGUGAGAUUUGUUUCAUUACGAGCACGUAUAAGACAGAAUUACAACACGAAGUUCUGGUUGUUUAUUAUUUACAAAAAUUCCGGCUGGAAAUUAGAUGGAACACGACUUUUUGGGUCUUUCCAGGGGAAAAUUUCCGGAAGCAACGGAACAUCUUAAAAGGUACCAAAUGGAAGUUCGUGUUCCAUUUCUUCAAAGCCAUCUUUGAUACCAGUUUGGUAAAUGCGAUUCUGGGACGAAAUUUACCAAACUUUAAUGUUGCUUACCACUUACCCAAACCAUAAACCGACUGAUUAGCCCACGUAAAGACCUCUUCAAAAGGUAAACAAACCUUUGUUACCAAUUAGUCAUAAUUAUAACUGAAAUUCAAAUUUUUUUAAAAAACAUAACAUCUCUCUAGAGUUUUUUCUCUAAUUAAGGGAAGAAAAGAACUCAUUCAAGCAUGCAUAGCGAUGGCAGCACGUACUGUCCAAUAGGCCUCUUGUAAUAGUGAGUCAUGUGAUCAACGUUACUUAAACACAGAAACAGUUCGCUUUGGAAAAAUGAUUUUUAAAGGAUCUGAAAGAGCGUAUUAAAAUUAGGUAUCUUGUUAAUUUCCAGCUGAAUAUCUCAAAAGUAGCGAUUGUAACGGCCGACGAAAGUUAAUUUAAAAGUUAAAAGGAAGUAAAAUUUUGAAAUUUCAAAUUGUUUUAAAAUCUUCCCUUAAGUAUUACAGCAAUCGAAUUUAUACGGCUGAAAAUUAACAGGUUACCUAAUUUUUGAAGCUCUUCCAGUUCCUGAUAAAAAAAAAAAUCAGGUCUACUAAUAGCCAAUCAGAUGUAAGAAUUUUGCUUUACGACCACCGCUUUUAUUACAAACACGUUAUGUUCCCGUAUAUGUAAAAACUCUGUGAGUUAUUUUUCUGAUGUAAAAACUCCCUAAUACGACCAGAUGAUCAUGGCCCUUAGGUGCGGGUCAUAAUAAUGUUUUUUGUUUUUGUUUUUGUUUUUUUUUUACCACAGAUGAAUAAAUUGUUGUUUAGGUAGUUUUUAAUGGUUUUUCUAUAUGAUAUUCUUUUUUUUUAUUGUUAGUCUGAAGUAUGAAACCUAACAGUUGAUGUUCGUGUUCUUUUCAGGGGCCUUCAAUGCCCGGUGCUCAUGCGAUUGAAAGAUAUUUAGUAGAAGAGAGUAUCCAGAGAACCAUAAAUGCUCAUUUCAAGGACAGAAAGGAAUGGUAAGAUAUACUGUUCAAAAGUUGGGUUUUUGUCGAGAAAAAAAUGGUCAAAUUUUAGUGGCUCUGUUCAGUUUCGUGUAUGUAAUCUGCCCUUGUAUUGCAAGCCUGUAACAAAUAAAACUGACAGAUCUUUGUUUCAAUCAAAAUGUUUUGUGUUACCGUAAAGUUCCGAAAGUAACGACCCCUCGAAAGUAGCGAUAAGAUGUCACAGGUGUUAGCAAAUCCAGGAAAUAGCGAUCCCUCCAAAAAUAAAGACCCUCCGAAAAUAGAGACUUCGAGACUAAUUUCCCUUUUUCCAAAAAAUAAGGUGUGUUAGAUAUCCUAAACAAAUGCCACACUGAUCCGAGGUUUAUUAAUAAUGAUUAUUAAUGACAUUCCUAUUCAUAACUCUUAAAGUACAGGAUAUACAUUACCUUUUUUUUCAAAAAGUAUUCCUUUCACAUUUUUUGCGAUUUUAUAUUUUGAAGUGCCCAUGUGGAGUCAUCCGAAAGUAACGAUCCCCUCGAAAGUAGCGAUAGAAGAAGAAUGCUAAAAUCCGAAUGCAACGAGGGUCGAUACUUUCGGAACUUUACGGUAUAUUGUAAUUGUCUAUUUUUGCGGUGUAAGGAAAACUUGAAUUAAAAAAAUCUGUCACGCUAGUGACCGACAAGAGCAUUCGUCACAAACAUGGACCUUAAAAAGUGUUCAGUUUUGUUGACAUAAUUUUUAUUUUUUCAACAUAUCUUGUCUUGACUCUUAGUGCUAACCAGUUAUUGAAUUUGCCUGGGAAGUCAAAAGUACCAAUGCAUUAUUGCAUCAUAGAGGUUAGUGUUCAAAUAUUAAGCACGCAUCGAAAAGAAAUAACAAAUCUGGCUGUAUUUCAUGAAAGCCUGAUUAGCUAUUAUCCUUACACGUGAGUAGUUACUACAUAGUGGAUAGGAGGGUGCAUAAGUGCCCGACGCCGCAGAUGUCAGGCUAGAUCAGACGAAGGUUAUUGAAAGUCUUAAGGCUAAGGCUAGCUAUGAGAUUGUUAGUGUUGGAAUGCAAGACAGUGUUGGAGGAUAAAAUGCUGCCCCUUUCUGCAAAGGGUGCCGAAAAUUUGGUCCAUGCCCAAGGCCCCAGUAACUCGAAAGGUGGAUAACACUAUCCACCGGAUAAAUCUCUACCCAGUGGAUAACGCAGUUGGUUUACUUAACACUUAUCCGCUGGAUAGUGAUUUAUUCCGAGAUGAAUAGUGCUAGCCAACGUUUGAACAAGAGGAUCCUAUCUCUUUCUGACGUCAACCCUGUAAGAGCUAUUGCCCUUCCCAUGUUUAUUGCGAAUUUGUUUCUGAAAAGCACUCUUACGUUGGUUGGUUUUCGUUGCAUCAUAGUGUAAGUAAUAGAAUUGAGAUCACAUAAACUUACUUGAGCGCGUAUUUUUUUAGUUACGCGUAGCAGCAAAGGGUAAAAUUUGGAAAACUGAGAAAAAAAAAACUAUUUUUUUCUUUUUUUUUAGGUUGUUUUUUCAGAAAUGUUUAGACUACCAAACUCUCACCAUCCACAAAUUUUCUAUGGAUCAUUGAUUAUUGAGCUCUGCAAGCUACAACCUAACUCAAUGCCUGGUGUUGUAUCCUUGACAUUCCACUUUUGUAAUUUAUCAUUAUUAUUCUUGUUAUCUUAGUAAGUGAUUGGUUUUCUUUAGAUAAUUCUUAAAACAUAUUCAAACUGGAACCAAUCUGUCAUUGGUAUUGUCAAUUUUUGAAUUCUUAAAGUAUUUUAAAUGUGCUUGAUUUCUUUCCUCCUCGGAGACCUACUGGCAGUCAGUCGAGUCGGGAGAAAAGGCGCGACGAACGUUUUCAAGCACAGGUGGAAGAGCCCCUGGGUACCGACUCUUACCAUACCAUUUCCAAAUUGCAAACGAGCACUGGCUCCUGAUUGGGCACAAAAAAUGCCCAUCAUUGUGCCCAAUCAGCGAACAUACGUCUCGGCAUACUUGUCCGGCUCGUUCACCAAGGUUGUCCGUUCAAGGGAAACUUUCAUUUUGAUAUAAACCCCGCCCAUUUCAAAAAUACUGUCUACCCGAAAACUAAAACCUGGAAACUAUGCUAGGGUAUUUUAAAGACGCUGUUCCAAAGACACAAGCUUGAGCUUACAUCACGUGUUCAAGUUUGCUUCGAUCGCGCCUUCGUAAAUAUUAUUUGCGUUACCUUGUGAUCGGUCAGAAACAAUUUUCCCGGUGCAAUUUGGAAUAGUCCUGCUGAUAACAUCCGAAACGUUUUCCCGAGUCAUCGGUAGUUAAUUUGUUUCUGGGGAGGAAAGUAGAAAAGAAAUACUGUCCGCUGAUUGGGCACAAUAAUACAAAGCCAUUGAUUGUACCCAAUCAGGAGCCAGCAUUUGCUUGACCGUUUGGAAAUGGUCUGUUAAGAGUAGGUACCCAGAGGCUCUUCUGCCCGUGCUUGAAUACUUUCGUCGCGCUUAUUGUCCCAACACGACUGACUGCCUCAUGAAUUAAAAUAUAAUGCAUGUAUCUUCGGUUGUUUAUUGGCUCCAUAAAAAUACUAGUUUUCAAAGCAUCUGUCGUAUGUUUGCUUUGUUCCUUAAAAUAAAUGCAUCAGGUCGCACAAGCAACAGAACUGUUAUAUGAGAAAUUAAACACAAUGAGUGUGACUUGUACAGAAAGGUUGGUACUGUGUUUUCAUCGACGAUAUUAUUUCACUAGUUCCCACGAAUGGUGAUUUGGAGUGAUGGUUGAUGUAUAAGUGUAUAAAAAGGAGGCAUUCUAGUUGUUGUUGACUUUUUAUUUAUUUAUUGCGUUCGACGAAGGAGAACGCUUAUUAUUCGAGUCCCGCGGGAUUUCCAGCGGGUAGCGUGCUGGAUGCCAUGUGAUUUCAUGUUUUGGGCGCCAUCUUGGACAGGCUGGCACAUUUUGCCUCGAUCUUAUGUGUUCAGUUUUUCCGCCCGGGAACUGGUAUCUAUUUUUUCCUAACUGUUCGCAUAUGAAACAUUGGCGAGCUUGUGUUUAUUACAGGUUUGUUUAUCGUUUUUCUCACAGUUUUCAAUUAAGUUUAUCAAUUUUUUAUAGGAAAAGCUCCAUUCUAAGAUAAUCGAAUAUGUAGAUGUUUAUGUUUGAAAUGUGUUCAGCACGCCAUAUUUGUUUUUAUCGAAUCUAGCAAGAUCAGCUUAGAUCACCAUAUUUAAUUCUAUUACAACUUCAGUACAUCUUUUCGCUUUUGAAAGCUAUUUACAGAGUGCUAUUCGCCUUUGUUUCUCACUAUUUUGAAAAAUAUACAAGAAGUUAAACGGUGAAACGUUGACCUUGCCAUCUCAUUAAUUGCGGGUGCGUUGUAUUUGAAAAGCUGAAGCAGUGCUGAGUAGGUGAGCCGUGUUAGCGCUUUGACACAUUAAUCAUUUCAGAUUACUUUAAUUUUCCGUAGCCUAAUUUUUAGCCAAUUGUAUUGACCAUCCUACUUAUUUAAAAAAUCUCUUGAGGAUCAUAGUAAGUGUUUGACCUGCUGUAACUUACAUGUACUUUACCUAAAAGCUAGGCCAAGUAAAUGUAAAAAACACAGGACGCUCUAAAAUAGUAACUAAUUGUAAAGUGGAAGGAUAAACAAUAACACUGAUAAAGACAGCUGGUGAUAUUCACAUUGAUAAAAGUGAUUUCCCAAUCUUUCAAGCUCGUCAAGUUUUGCGCCCCCUUACAACUACCACUCACUACUAAUUUUUCAUAAUUUUAAACAUCGAAGAAUCAUUCAAAACUUAAUGAACCAGUUACUACGACCUUAAGUAGCCAUUUUUUGAAUGAUUGAAACUGGCUAGAUUUGGGGGAAAAGGGUAGGAAUAAACGAAAAAUAAGGCUUUGACCAAACGUCUCCCCUAAAUGUUGCAUUUUGCUACCCACUCAACUCGUAUGUGUAGAAUGAAGUGAAGUGAGAUACGCCCAGCAUUGACCGCCCCGGGGAGACCGCGUAUUGCGAAGUCUUGGGUAAAAUGAUUCGAAAGAAGGGAACAGCGCAGGGAUUGUUUUGAUGGGAUGGUACUAUUUCUUCUAGGUCAAUCAACACGGAGGGAGGGUCCGCUGCGUUAGUUUUGACCAUCAAACAAAAGGCGAUCACGCGACCGUCCGUAAACACUUUGCAAGUUUGAAUUCUGCUAACGUUCGCAGUCACAACUGCUGUCACAUUGUUCGUCCAGCCGCUUGCAUAGAUUCUUGACUCUACUGGACCUAUUUGCUUGGUUUAAUUAAAUAAACUGUUCUUUCCAGAAGUACGUCUACUCCACAAUAUGUCAUCCAAAGUGGCGAGGGAGGACGAGGAUUUUCCGCCUAGGAAAAAGGCAAAAUCGCGCACAUAAAUGUUUCCUUACCAUAUUUUCCAUUCAGCUGCAUAGCCUAGUAGUUCAUGGGAGAUUCGACGACUCAUCCCAUUUUGUCCAUGUUAUUGACACACACUACUACAUCUGGGCCGCCUGUGCUUAAACAGUCCAUUUUAUACCCCGAUUUUUUCUAACAACCCACAAUCCCUUGAUUUACUCUGACAAAGGGCUCGUUCUUUAAAUGCCAGAAUAUAAACUUUUUAAAGGGCUAAAACUGUAGUUUUACCAUCUCAGUUGUACGUUUUUUUGGCUAGGUUUGUGCAGUGGUUUUCAUAUCACCUCAGUAACUUUCAGUUUAAAUGGAGCUGGGAUGAGUGGUAUGUAUCCAUAUACCUGCCUCUUUUUGAAAAGCUGGUAUGAGAGAUGUUGUUAUUUGAAAGAGUAAAAUCAUACGCGACGAUGCUCAAACGAAGUCUGAGAUAUCAACAGUGAAUCCAAAUAAAUUCUUUCACCUCCAUGGAGUGACUGUUCAAUAGAAUCUUUGACCUCCUACUUGUUUUUAUGGUUUCUUCUUCCUCUGCACUGAAACGUUCAAUCAAACAAUGAUGAAGUAAUCACAACCCAUGCGUAGUGCGUACGUUUCUAUGCUUUGAAAUAACAGUUGGAUAAACCUUUUACACAUUCUGUAGGACUUCUGCUACAGAUGCGGGACUGGAUUCUCCCAGAUGCGUAUUUUUGAGUGAGCUCUUUGAAAGAAUCAAAAGGUUAGAAAUGUUACUUUGUCGUCACCGUAAAUACUUGGCUGGGCCUAACAUAGAAGUUAAUCAUAUCUUUGAUAAUAAAUAGCCAUAUUGUUGCUAAAAACACUUUGAGUAGAAGUUUUCCUCACAAAUCCACUGCACUGCGUUUACUGUUUUUGUAUAUAGAUAGUACUAAGUUUUGAAGUGACACAUAAGAAUGAAUGUUGUUAGUCAUGCCUGUUUUGAACUAUUCUCACUUUCAGGUUUUCGUACCAUCAGUUUUUGAUUGAGAAUAUUCCUGAAGGACUGCAUAGCCUUCUUCCUGUUACCCCAUCACCUAGCUACAGAUUUACACCAGAUCAAGGUACUAUAUCAUUCGUUUUUAGACUCUGAAAUUACAAGUUUAAUACCAUUGAAUUCAAUUUAAUGGUUAUCUUGAUCAUUUUUUAUGCUUACUGGCUAAUAUGUCAACGUUUGUGUACGUCCGUAAGUCUGAUUCUAUUGUCCUCGUAGCACACGGCGUUAACGUUUAAUCUCCGGAGCACAGGUACCACGUUCGAUAACCGGCAUCGCCCAUAUUUUUUUUAUGGUUACUGGCGCCAGUAACGCAUUAUGCUAUCGUCUGUUUUAGUCCGGAAGUCCUCCUUGCCGAAGCGCGAAGUAUGAAGACCGACGGUAUAUUAUACCAGAAACUCAUACGAGUUUCUGAUUAUACCGAAACGGCUCUUACGAUUAAACGAUUAAACUAAUAUUUAAAUACCGUGUUAAGAGAUGUAUGUCUUCUAAUGUGAGGAACAGACUACUCAUUGCCAGUAAGCACUUGUCCUCUCAAGGGACUUUUUUUUUUAUUCCACUACCAGUGAUUGUUCUUUACCACGUAGGACCAUUUCGUAAAAUCCCGGAGAAAGGAGCUACAAUACUGUACAGUACUGCAAAUGAUCCCCAACUGCAAAUGAAUCCCAAGACCGCAAAUGACCCUCGACCGCAAGUGAUCCCCAAAGUCGACCGCAAAUGAUUCCGAAAGAAAAAUAGGAAUGGCUUGGACUCAUCAUGUCAAUUUUAUUAUUAUUACAAAAAGUCAGACUAAAAGCGAAAUUUUACUUCUCAAAUAAACACUUUACAUGAAUUAAAACUAAAUGAAAAAAUCAUCCAAGUGUAAAAACGGGGACGGUAGGUAACACGCGACUUUUACCUCAUGCCAAAAUGCCUGUUCAAAUGAGUUUUUUCUCUGAAGGGUAGAUUAUGCUCUGGAGGAGAACGUUUUGCCGGUUAUUCCAUACGGAGAGGUCAUGACACCCAUAUUGAUUUUAUACGGUUAUUGUUUCUGGUCGGCAUGAUUUGCUCUUUGAUGCAAGAGCAUUUCCUUUGACAUGUUUUGAAAUGCAAUGGUCUUCAUUGCGGCUAAAUAAGUUUUUAGGUUGUUUAAUUCUCUCCAAAGUGCCUCCUGGAUCCCAAUAUAGCGAUUUUCGUUUAGUCCGUGAAUGUGACGGUUUCUUACGAUGUUUUGUCACGCGAUAACUACUGCUUACCUCGCUUUUGCGUUUCUCACUACUGGAAACUGGCUCCAGCGAAGGCACAACAAAUGAAUAUACACAGGGCUCCAGAUAUACAUGUAAGCGUCAAUGUAACUAUUCGCGACAUGUUCAUGAGCUGUAAGUAGGUUGCUAUUUCGAAAUAAAUCGAAACCUGUGGACACUAAGUUCGGCAGCAUUUUGACGUUUGUGUAUUUUAAAUCAUGUCUUUUUUCGUAACGGAAACUUAGGUUAACACUUCAGAUAAAAAUCAAAUUCAAAUAUUCUGAAAAUUAAUUCGCCACUUCCAAAAAGACCUCUACGAAUGUUCGUACCAGCCAGGUCCAGUCGCUGCUAAUUGACGGCGAGGACAUCACAGAUACUGCGACUAUAUCAACGCGAUAGUAGUGCCUUUACUUGACUAUUGUGCGGUCGUUUGGGAUAGCUUCCAAAAAGAUCAGUUUUAAAGUGAUUAAAGCUCUUGUCAUGUAGAGGGUGACUGGCUUUGUACUCCUCAGUAGACAAGUUGAGCUUCUAGGUGUUAAAAUAAUUAGUUUUUCUGCGUCCUGCCUGUCUUAAAUUUUUACAGCGACGAAACUUUCUUGAAAGAAAUUUAAAGCAAUUGACAAGAGAAGUAUACGGUUGAUACCAUACCCUUUUCAGAUUUAUUCCUCUUUUUUCCGCCUUAUUGUAUAAAUUGACCUGAGAUGUGGCGUCCUCUUUCCCUUUUUCUUUAGAAGGCGAGAGAAAAUGGUUCCUUUUUCAUAAUCAGUCUUUCUUUGUAAUCAGUCCCAUAAAAUCCAUUGCAUUCGUCAAUUUUUCACGGAAUCAUUUGCUGUCGACUUUGGGGAUCACUUGCGGUCGAAGAUCAUUUGCGGUUGGAGAUUAUUUGCGGUAUUGUAGAAUGCUCUUAAAACUUUGUUAAAACACUGGACUGGAAUUAAACAGUUUUCAUUUUACGCAAACUCAGCUAACUUAUUUAACUAUUCCCUCUGUAAUUCACCUCUCCUUGGAUUUAAAUGGGGUUGGUGUUGUUAAGGAAGGGUAGCCAAUGUUUCACAGGUCCCGUGUUCACCCCAUUUGACCCUCCUACAUGUGUAAUCCACCGUAUCUAAAAAGAUGGCGACUUGUACAUUUACCCUCAGUUCUUAGCGCAUGAAAACAAUAAAAUUGCUCAUAAAAACGCACAAAAACGUUUUAUUAACUCCAAACCUAGGAUAGCGCCCCCCCCCCAAAAAAAAAUAUAUAUAUAUAUAUAUGACUUUAUGUGUAAUUGGCCGUGUUAGGUUCGAAAGGAAUUGUGGUAAAAUGUACAGCCGCCAUCUUUUUCCGUACGGUGGAUUAUAGUUAAAAAAACUGGGUGUGAUAGUGAAUAACUGAAGGCGAAUAUGCAGCUAUCACAUGCUAUCUUUAAUGUGUAAUAAUAAUUACUUGUGAAGUGUGUCAUUAGUAGUGAGUGGAUGAAAUGUAGGAGAUAAUGCUGCAGUGAAAAUAACAAGUAAAUGCUGGUAAUUGGAGAAAAAAAUAUUUACUGUUAAGUGAAUUACAACAAGAGAGUGUUUGCACUUGUUGUAGUACAUAAUCACACUUGACAACUAAUUGUUUGUAACUGUAUGGUCUAAACAUAAUCACUUACACUAAAAUAGAAAUUACAUGUAGCAAUGUGAUAUUUUCCCUAUUUCACCCCGUUUUUUUUCCUUUUUCCCCCACUGUGGAGCCUGGUCCCAGGUUAUGUCAUUAAGGAUGCAGUUGAGGUGAACUAUGAAAAUGAUCAUGACUCAUGAUUAUUGAAUAUCCGGUACCCUUAUUAGCAAUGAAUUAUCACUGUAAAAGAUACCAAAUUUUUUAUGGAAGUGCUUAUAGUUAUUUGUGUACAUGCAUGAGAAACAAUUACUCAUGCAAGAGUGAAUUUGUAUGAAAUGUCCACAUAGGUGAUCAGGAUUUCAAUUCUCAACAUGCAUGAGCUUGUUGAGACAUGGUUGCCAGAGGCAUAGUUUUUUAAAUUCCCAGACUGAUAGUCAAAUGUACACUUUCCCUGACCAAAUGCGCUGACAAGUUGUCCAGAUAUUAUCAAAACUUCGUGUUCUGGAAACAGAUGAUGUAAAACAAUAUAAAUCUUUGUUUUCUGUUCAGGGAAAAUCUGCUUGGUAUGUUUUCAUGGUUUUUUGUUCUUUUCUUUUAUGUCAUCUGUGCCUGGUACACAAAUUAAAAUAAAUGCCCAAACUCCCAUCACAGCCAUCCUGUACACCGCUCACUCGUGAGAUAUUGUUCUUGCCACGAGAACAUAAAAUUCAUAUCUUCGAGCCAACGUGUAAUGUUCUUUUUAUUAUAUGGAGAAACCAAUUCAACAAAAGCAAAAGGCGGGAAUCGUGACGUCAUUGAACGAUACGACACUCACAAAGGUGACAUACGGAAAAUAUGCCACUCGGGUCCCGGAUGAAGUGGCGUAUGGAAUCUACGAGUGGUUUAGUUCCCAGUAAAACACUCUCCUCCAUAUAAUAAAUGAAUUUAUCGUGAAUGUAAAGUGCAGAAUGGAUGAAUCUCAUAGGAAACCCUAUAUCUGCUUGUCGCUUGAAUUCUUGAUACAAUAUUCUGCCAAUGGAACAUGUUUAACUUCGGUGAAUAUACGGGAAUCUGUCACCUCCCUCUGGCUUCUUUGAAAGAGUUACAUUUUCCCUGACUUAUACUGAAAAUCCCUGACUUGACUUACGGUGAAUGGUUAAUUUUCCUGAAAUGGUAACACAUGUCACACACUAAUAUUGUGAGGAGAUCCGAAAUCCAGAUGUUCUUUUCAAAUAUUAAAUAAGAUCGAAAAUAGGAGGCCAGCAAUAAUAAAUUUUUGUUAUGCUUUCCCCAUACAUGUCACACGUUAUCGGUGUUCUAAACUGUUAAUUGUAAAAUAAAGCUUACUUAAAACCCAUUGUUGCUCAUGGUGUAAAGGCUGAUCGGCUGUCCCGAGUCCGUGGGAAAGAUAUUCUUGACGUGCAUAAUUCUUGCUGCCUAUCGCUGACUGUAAACCUUUAAGCGUUGCCUGAUCCAGUCUCGUCGGUUUUUGAAGCGUCGGCAGUCGGUGUUCCCUGUCUUCAUAGGUUUCGUUUACAGUGUAAUUCUAGUAUUUUGUUGCUGCCUCUCUAUACGUUUGUGGUCGCUGUGUUGACAACGUUGCCUUCCCUAUGCUAAGUGAUGUUCUCUCUGCUUCGCGGUUGUCUUCUUCGAUCCGCUCGCCGAUGAAUUUUAAUCGGCGUUCUCCAGAGGAGUUUCAAUGGAAAAUCUUCCUCGGCGAGGAUUUGCAGCCACUUGCUGUGCUUGCAUUUCUGUGUCGUUUGUAUGGGAAAUUGUUCGUGAUUCACCGAUGGUAAACAUUGUUUCACAGACGAUUAAUAAACACAACAGCCCGUUUCAUAAACAAUACAUGAAAAUGCGCCCUGGUCAUCGGCGGCAAAGUCUAUGUUGCCUGGAAACUCAAAAUGCUCCAUGACGGAACACUACAUGACGUCAUUGGCGGACACCAAGCGCAUAUAUUCAUAGAUUUAUGGGGCAUUGAAUUCUGAAGCUGGCUAAGCCCACGCGCGGUUAGCAGACUGUGCGCGCUUUAAUAUUCAGGACGAUCAAUCGUGGGCUUUUAGCGAAACCGUUCAAAAAAUUUCAAAAGUCACCUAUACGGCCAGCCGUUUCUCACUUUUGAAAAACGCCAAAUUUGCGUUGCGAGCUGUGUGGUCGGGUGUUUGAAUGAGCACUAAUAUAGUUACGUUUCAACAUAAUAAAGAAUUUUAUGUUUAUUUUUUUUUAAUUUAAUGGUUUUAUAACGAUGUGUAAUCUUAAAAAGUGUUUGAUACCCAUGACAUUUUGAGUACUCCUGCGAGGGAUAUUCAUGAACGACUGAAAACAAACGGCACAGCGAUAAAAAUUGAAAGAGAGACUACUAACAAUCAAGAAAAGAAAUAUAAUUCGGUGAAACAUUUACUGAGACAACAAUUUUCAUUCACGAAGACAAGUACUGAAGUGUCUCUAAAAAUCCUGAGUCUUAAAGCUUAAGUGUAUGUUUUAAGCCGGCUCCCUAGUGGUUCCUUUUUUGAAAGGUGAACUCGAGGCAAGAAAAUCGCUCAAAGUUUUCUUUCUAUUUGCUUUGAGAAAAUAUAUCUAAAGGCUUUUUAAAGUUCUAUGAGCUUUUAUCAAACCUGAUACUGGGUCAGAUCGUUGUCUCAAAUGUUACAAACAUUUAUAAACUUGCCGCAUAAACUGUGCUCGUCUUCAUGAAAUUAGUUAUAAAAAAACGAACACCAAAUACAAUAAUUACUCAAGUUUACCAAUCGAAAUGCAGCUCCUGAAAGCUAUCAAGUAAACUUUUAAACUCUCUUACGCUUCAAGCAAGGUAAAAAAAGGAAAACGAUGCCAUCCGAAAUUGGAUUUCCGACUUUGAUAAGCGACGCAUUUCUCAACCAAAAACCCAAUAAACAAACCAGCCAUGAAUAACAGAAGGUUCUCUUCGUCAGAUGUAUUUGUACAUCCAGUGGAAAAAGACAGUUAAAAACAUCACAAGUUGAAACAAAACUCUGUCAGCUUCAGCUGUCGAAGUAAACAAGUUUCAAGAUGCUGCGUGAACCCACCUUUCAAAUUUUGACCAAUCAGAGCAUAAAAAUUGGACGUAGAACGUGACCAUGGUAAGAAAGGUCUUCCCCGCCUGUAUUUUUAAAUAACUGGCUGAAUUUUCGCGUCCGAGGUCAGUUUGAAAUCAAAAUCUUGAGAGUACGGGGUCAUAGUGACAUAAACACAACAUAUUUCAUAUUGAUUUUUUAAAAAAAUAAACUUGUGCCUGCGAUCAUUUGAAAACUAGUAACUUGUCAGUGGACAACUUCAAAAAAUACUCGACCUCGACAACUGAGCCCGGAAUACGGUCAGAUGAUACUGGUCAGCGGAAACCCUGUUUUGACAGCUGUCAAUUGAUCACAACGUCGAUGUGCAAUCAGUUUUCUCCUGGGUUCCCAAACUAGCUAGAAAGUGUGAGAGUAAACAUUGGCUUCCCUGUGGUGCGGACGGUCGCUCGCUCGCUCGGUGUACAGUCACGCGAUUCACAAAUUUUCUAGGAUGGGUAGAUUUACUUAGCUUCGGGGCUCCGCUAAAAAUACCAUUGACGAUAUAAUGAUGGCUGAAGCACUGCAGGAAUGUUUGCCACGUUUUCCGAAAGUUUGAAAUUUUAGAAACAGAGCAAAGACAAGCAUUAGAAGCUUUCAUCUCGGGACGUAACAUGAUCGCAAUUUUAAUGCUCAAAGCCUCUCCUUACUAAGACGUGACCAUUGUAGCAAAUGACGAGGAAUACUUUAUUUUCAAAACUGAAGUCUUGCUUUAGAACUCAUUAUAACGGAAAAUAGUAAUACCAAAACAGAAGCGUGGACUAUUAAGCUAAAACAAAAGUAGUUACCAGUGGAGGAACUAUAGCUUCAGUGCUCAAGAAAAAUAAAAUGCACUGUAUCAGCGCCUAAAGAAGCUAUAGUUUAAGCUGCAAUUCGGACCUGUGGAUCACUGAAUUUAUCAUCCUGAAAACACUGAAUAGUAAUGAGCUGGGCCUAGCGUCAAAACAUAGAAGGAAAUCAUGACAUUCACGGACAAUGAAAAGCUCGCCACGCAUGUUAUUAUUCUGAUCCAGGCAUUUCGGAUAAACCAAAGGAACUAAAAUCUCUAUUGAAAGGAUAUUUUAGCCUAAGGAGUUGAGGAAGGUUAGAGAAACUAAUUAGAGAAACUAGGGCUAAAACUCUUGGCUAAACGAAAACCCGUCGAUUCCAAUAAUUAUUUUUAAGAGUUGUCUCCACAUUUCUGAAAACAUCGUCCAAAUCAAAUCAAAUCACAAGUUUAUUGUCCCUUUUGCAGUCGGAAGACUGAAUUGUGGGAUACCUUACAAGUUGUGAUGUAUACAAAGUAUAUACUAAUUCGCUACAUUUAUUGACAAGAUUGAUAUUUAACGGUAACAAAAUUUGAGAAGCGUUCAGUCCUUCUGGCCAUGGGCCUGCUAGAACUCUCUGAUCUUAGACACACACUGGUAGACAUAGGUACCACUCUGUUGUGUAGUAGUGGGUAUAACGGGUAACCUGGCCAAACCUGACCUAUAAAUUUAAUACACGAGACUGACCGACGGUCAGAAAGAGUGGAUAAUGCAGCUUUGUCAAGUGCUGUUUCAUACGAAAUACCAGGCCAAAUCAUGGUACAUAAAAAAUACCACAAGCUUCUUCCAAAUUGAAAAUUAUCCUCAAUAGGUUGCUUUAAAAUGUUCAUUGCCUCCUCAAAACUUCGACUGAUUCCUCGCCACAGUGUCGAACACUCUCGCACAAUCUUGUCCAGGUUCAUUUCCUCGCAAUCGAGAAACACACCUCGCAAAAUCAAAGGUUUCGUACCGUUGACAAACAACACGAUCAGACAACAACAACAAGUUUAUUUCAAAUUAAAUAUAGCUUGCAAAGCUUGUGCCCGCAUUUAGCGAAGGCUAUUCCAGGCGGGUACGAGAGAAAAAAGAAAAUUCUAUAAAUAUAUAUAUAUAUAUUAAACGAACAAUCCUAGAAGCAAUCUACGUUUGUCGUGUGGUUUAUAGCCAGAGUGAGACAGGAAGGCAGACUGUACUUCAUACGGAAGUACACCAUGUUACGAUUUUGAGAAUUGCCCUGUAAUAUCAGAAACUCUAAUAUAGUCGUCCUCUUUUUCCAGUAUUUCAAAGAGUUUUCUCUUUAGUUCGCUUUUUAAGUGUUUUGAUGGAAAGUGGAUUACUGUUCCAAAUUAAAGCACCGGAACUGGCCUGCCUGCGAAUUUACUAAAAUAUGACGGCGAAAAGCGACAACCGAAAAUACCUCUGCGUUUGUAAGUUUAGCCUGGCUUUGCAAGCCCAAUCUUACCCGAAGACCUAUUGCAACUUUGCAAUCCAGCGAUCCCGAAAAUUUUAUUUGGCGCUCCGCCCAAAUUAUUAUUUUCUCCACAUUCUCUUGCCAGUUACAUUGAUUCACCUGGGUAAAUCCUUUUACUAAAAUAUUAAAGUUUAUCUACAGCCCCAUUCACACUGAAGCUUAAACAUGUUUAAAAGCUGUUUAGUUAAACACGGUUUAAAAUGUUUUCUUUUAAAAAUGCUUCUUACUGACUUAAGUUGAUUGCAGAUUUAGUGCAAAUAACAAAAAAAUGGUGAAUUUCCUUUUUUUAAUCAUUUGUGUUCCAGUUUGUUUUCUGUUUUUCAUUUGUUGGUUUAUUUAGUUGAUGUGAAUUCAUGAGGUAACGAUUCACAAUGGUGAUGCGUUGAGAUUUCCUCCUCCGUUGUUUUUUACCCCGUUCUCAUGAAUGACAGGGUCUUAUUUUGAAUUUCCAAACUAUGUUUACGAGUUUUGAGACGACUGAUACUUAAUAAAUACUGCAACGAGAAAACUGCUCUGCUUGUCAGUUCACCUGUGUGCGUGUGGCAGAAUGCGACUCGCUCCUACCUCUCGCUUUAUAGUGAUCAUUUCUCUUCGUACAGCAAGUAAAUGUAUUAGUU